AUGAGAGUAUACAUAUUCCUCUGUUUGAUAUGUUGGGCAAGAUCUGAGAAUAAAAGACCAUGCCUUCAAUUUACUCAGUUAAAUGUAAAAGAUUCCUUUCUAGAUUUGUUUAUGCCCAGAAUGGAGGUAAAUUUGAUGAUAUAUACACGAAACAACCCGAACUGUGCAGGGCUUCUGUUUGAGGAAGAUCACUCACUUAACGUUCAUUUCAACACAAAAAGGAAAACAGUCUGGAUUAUUCAUGGAUAUAGACCAACAGGCUCUCCUCCAUCAUGGCUUGAGAAAUUUCUAAGGCUUUUGUUGAAUGAAGAGGAUCUGAAUAUAAUUAUAGUGGACUGGAACCGGGGUGCUGCAACUUUAAUUUAUGAUAGAGCAGUUAAAAAUACCAGAAAAGUUGCUGAAAUUUUGAGUUACUAUAUUCGAAAACUUUUGAAGCAUGGAGCAUCUCUUGAUACUUUCCACUUCAUAGGUAUGAGCUUAGGGGCUCAUAUUAGUGGAUUUGUUGGAAAGAUAUUUCAAGGUCAACUUGGAAGAAUAACAGGUCUUGAUCCUGCUGGACCAAAAUUUUCUGGAAAACCACCAUAUAGCAGAUUACAUUACACUGAUGCAGAAUUUGUGGAUGUCAUCCAUACUGAUAUCAAGGGUUUAGGCAUUAAGGAGUCCUUGGGACAUAUUGAUUUUUAUCCUAAUGGAGGAAAAAAGCAACCUGGCUGUCCUAAAUCACUGUUUUCAGGGAUUGAAUUUAUAAAGUGUGACCACCAGAGAGCAGUUCACUUCUUCAUGGCAUCUUUGGAAACACAAUGCAACUUUGUUUCAUUUCCUUGUCCUUCAUAUGACCAUUACAAGACUGGCUUAUGUAUAGAUUGUGACGGUUUUAAGAAACUAUCAUGUCCUAGACUAGGUCAUAAUGCUUAUCUGUGGAAAGGUAUUUUAAAAGAAAAAAUGGGAAAACUAUCUUUAAGGAACACUGUGUUUUUGGAUACUACUGGUUCAAGUCCAUUCUGUACAUACUAUUUUGUUUUCAGUGUACUUUUUAUGAAUAAAACAAUGAAGGAUGGAUGUAUUAAAUUUAAAUUAAUAAAUGAGUUUGGGAUGGUUGAAGAGCCAAGGGUGUUUGAGGGCAGUAAUUAUAACUUGCAAGAUGUCAAAAUUCUUGUUCAAUUUUAUAAUGAUAUUGUAAAUAUUUCAAGCAUUGGUUUGACAUAUUUCCAAAACUCAAAUAUGCCAUGUCUCACAUGUGAAGAAUACAGGAUCCAGCGUCUCAUGCUAAAAUCACUUACAUUUCCAUCAAGACCCACAUUUUGCUGGUAUGAUUUUGUACUUAAAAAAAAUGAAGAAGUAUUUCUCAGGCCAAGUACAUGCACGUCAGAGAAAACGUAA